CUCAGAGAACUCAGCUUCGAUCCAAUUAAAAACACGACAGACAGAAGCUAACGGUAAGAACAGAAGAUGACUGACAGGAGCAGGGAUGCUGCAUCAGUGCAAAGGGAGUAUGUGCGUGUGUCUAAAUCCCUCAAUCGGAAGGAGGAGCAAUAUGUUAAAGAAAGACAAGCGAUGGUGGAAAAAUGUCUGAAAGACAAUGGAAUUAAAUAUAAACAGGAACAUGUCCCUGUCAUUGCUGUCCUGGGCUCAGGAGGAGGUGAAAGGGCCAUGGUGGGACUGCUGGGCUCUUUGGCUCAGAUGGCAGAGGAGAAACUGCUGGACAGCAUCACCUAUCUGUGUGGAGUGUCAGGAUCCACUUGGUGCAUGGCAUCACUGUAUGAGGACCCCAAAUGGUCUGUAAAUGUCGCUGCUGACAAGAAAAAAAUUGUGGACAGACUCUCAAAUGGAAGUUUCAGUAAAUCAGACAUGCUGAAAUGGCUAAGUGUAGCUGUGGAAGAUGAGAAUUACUCACUGACUGAUUUUUGGGCUGCGACUGUUGUUUACAACAUCAUAAAAGAGAUAGAUAGACACCAUCUCUCAGAACAGGAAGCCAGAGACUCAACCAACCCCUAUCCCAUCUACACAGCCAUCGACAAGGGACUGAAAGAAGACAAUCAGACAGCACCCUGCUGGUUUGAGAUCAGUCCUCAUGAAGCUGGUUAUUCCCAUGUGGGGGCCUAUGUGGACACAUCCCUCUUCGGAAGCCAGUUUGAGAACGGAAAGCCCAAGACGCCCCCCAAGGAGGAAGACAUGUUGUACCUACAAGGACUCUGUGGCAGUGCUCUUGGAGAUGGGAAGGAAAACAUAACGCAAAUAUUACAGUGGAUUUGGGACUGGAUUCACAAGCUGCUUUCUCACUUCCAAUCAACGAAUAAGUCAGAAAAUUCAGCCCUCAAUGAGGACCCUGCAUACAAAAUGUUGGAGCGUCUGGUGCAGCUGCAUGACUCUUUUGAAAAUGACGAUAAAAGUGUCGUUCUGCUGGAGAAAAUAAUAAAAUUACAACAAGAAAGCAACACAAACUCUUCAAGAGUUCGUGUUCUGCAGAAAAAUGAGUGGCUGAAGUUGAAUGCAGAGGAGAGACAGACAUAUGUUGCAGAUCUUUCCAUUGAAAUCUGCAAUGCCCUCGAGGGAUUGUUUGGUCCUUUGAAAGGAAUUCCAGAUAUAGUGCGGAAGACCAUAAUAGCUCUUUAUAACUGGACCUGGGGCACCAAAUUCAACUUCCUGUACAAGUACCCAGCAAAAGAGGUAGAGCACAUCCCGGCUGCUCUGCUGUCAGAUGAGAAGAGAGACCUGGAGGAUGCAGGAAUCCUGUUGAACUCACCCUAUGUGGCUGCUUUACGGUCGGAGAGGAAGGUGGACCUCAUUCUCUCCUUCGACUUCAGCAGUGACGAUCCCUUCCUGACAGUGAAGAAAGCUGCAGAUUACUGUAAAGAGGCUGGAAGACCAUUCCCCUCCUUGGUCAUAGAACCAGGAGAGGAAAAGAACCCUAAAGACUUCUAUGUGUUCAAAGACAACACAAAAGCGCCCAUCGUUGUCCACUUUCCGCUCUUCAACACUGUCAACUGUGGAGAAAAGAUUGAGAAGUGGAGGAAGAGGUACAAAACUUUUCAGGGUCCGUACAGCAAGGAAAUGAUUGAGGACCUGCUGCUGGUGUCCAGUCGGAAUGUGAAGAACAACAAGCAGAAGAUCCUCAACGAGAUCCAGGCAGCGUGUGCACGCUGAUGCUUCAGAGGCUGAUUUUCCAUCAACUUCUUUUCGAAUCAUUUCAAAAUUAACCAGCAUUUUAUUCUUUUCUAAUCAGAAAAAAACCUUUGCUACCAUUUAUAUCCAUAAGUAUAAUCAAUGUCUAGCUUUCAGCUCAUGAGACAACAUUGUUACCAGAUUUAUUCAGCAGUUCAUUCUUUUGCAUUUCUAACCCUAGUUUCAUCUUAUUCCUAAAAAGUAAUGUAUCCAUCUAUCAGCUUUCAGUAACUGUUCAUCCAGUAAAGAUCUGGAGCCUAUGGUGACUAACGUAGAGCUUAAGCUGGGUUACAACCUGGAUGGAACUCAUGGAGUUGUAAGGCAAUCACACACUCAGUCUGCCUCACAGGUACACACACUGUGGGCAAUUUAGAUUCA